GACGCCCGCUGUACUCCGCCCAGCUCCACUGCUCCCUUUAGGGCCUGAGGCUCGCCGUGUUCCGAAAUGGCCGAGGAGUCCGACAAAGCCGUGAAGUACUACACCGUGGAAGAGAUCCAGAAGCACAACUACAGCAAGAGCACCUGGCUGAUGCUGCAUUACAAGGCGUACAAUUUGACCAAAUUUUUGGAGGAGCACCCUGGUGGGGAAGAAGUCUUAAGGGAACAAGUUGGAGGUGAUGCUGCUGAAAACUUUGAGGAUGUCGGACACUCUAUAGAUGCUCGAGAAUUGUCCAAAACGUUUAUCAUUGGGGAGCUGCAUCCGGAUGACAGGUCAAAGAUAACCAAGCCUUAGGAAACUCUUAUUACUACUAUUGAUUCUAAUUCCAGCUGGUGGACCAACUGGGUGAUCCCAGCCAUCUCAGGACUGGUUGUAGCUCUGAUGUAUCACUUCUACACAUCAGAACACUAAACACGUUCUCAGAAGCCAAUGGAAGAAAAGACUGCUUUCGUCCUGGGAGAAAGAAGCCACCGUUAACUGCUUCAGCUGACAGAACCCUUCACCUGAAAAUGAUUUGAAUACACCUGUUUUCCUUUCCUCCUACAUUAAACACAAAACAAACCAAAAAGAACUGUUCUUUCUACUCCUGAAUUUUUAGAGUGUGCCUUUUUAUUCAUCAGCUUUGUUUUGAUGUUCGUUCACUAUGUCAUUUGCUUACUGUGGGCACAAUCUUUUAAAACAUACCACCAUGU